GAAUAAUAAUUGUACACUUCCCCUUGGCUUGGAUAUAUCUGACGCAGACAGACAACAACACUGUUCUGGAAUACGUAAUAACACGGGGGUAAAUUGCUGGCCUCGGUCUUGCAAUUUGCUUGACCUACUAACAUCAAACGUUAUAUCACACAGGGGUCCAGUCGUCCAACGGGGGUAAUAUCGGUCCGAUUUGAAGCGGGUUAUACAUGCUAUCUGGACAGUGACAUUGGUAUGACACCGUUGACCUGCGACCAUACACAGUUACAGAGUCAACGGAAUUGUACUCCGGAAGAAACUGUCAAGACUUGUUUUGGUUCCAUCGUGCUCUUUUACGAGUCGACAGACCUUGACUAAAGUAUGUCUUGCCCAUGCACAUCGGCCGCGAGGAUAUUCUUGAAUUCAGCACAGAGAGGGCUGUCUUGUUCUCGGGUUCAGCUCUAUGCUUUGAGCAGACCUGGUUGGGGUUUUYGUGAAGCUUCUCUUCCUCGCAUAGUCCGAGUGAGAUCCUUCCAUGAAACUGCAGUAUGUUUUGCCUCUAAAGAUGGAACGACUAAGGAUGGAUCCAGCGAUGGUGGAAAGAAGAGCAUCAGUGAAGGAAAGAGAUUGUCGGGCUCUUCUGGUGGAUCAGGGAAGGGGGGUAACCAGCUGCACUGUCCCAAAUGUGGAGACCCGUGUACACAUGUGGAGACCUUUAUGUCGUCACACGUUUUUGUGAAGUGUGAGAAAUGCCAUCACUUCUUCGUGGUGCUCUCUGAGACGGACUCUAAGAAGGGUCUGAAUAAAGAAGCAGAGUCGCCCGCUGAGGCUGUCAAAAUGGCCUUCGCACAGAAACCUCCCCGCCACCCAAAAAGAUCUAUGCCUACCUGGACAAGUCACGUAGUGGGUCAGUCCUAUGCUAAGAAGGUGCUGGCGGUAGCUGUUGUAUAAUCACUACAGAGAAUCUACAACAACAUCCCUGCUGGGAGCAGACAGGUGGAGGUGGAGAAACAGGCCUCGCUCACUCCACGAGAACUAGAGACGAGAAGACGGGAGGAUGAGUACAGAUUCACAAAACUCCUUCAAAUAGCAGGGAUCAGUCCCCAUGGCAACGCUCUGGGAGCCUCCAUGCAGCAACAGGCCACUCAGCAGGCUCCUCAGGAGAGGAGGGGCGGGGACGUGUUAGACUCCACACACACCGACAUCAAACUGGAGAAGAGCAACAUCGUGCUGCUAGGCCCCACCGGAUCAGGCAAGACAUUGUUGGCCCAGACCCUGGCCAAGUGUCUAGAUGUACCCUUUGCCAUCUGUGAUUGUACCACCCUGACCCAGGCUGGCUAUGUGGGGGAGGAUAUUGAGUCUGUUAUUGCCAAGCUGCUGCAGGAUGCCAACUACUCUGUGGAUAAAGCACAGCAAGGCAUAGUGUUUCUUGAUGAGGUGACAAGAUCGGAUGUUCCUGGGAUCCACCAGCUCAGAGAUGUAGGAGGAGAGGGUGUACAACAGGGUCUGCUCAAACUCUUGGAGGGCACGAUAGUGAGCGUUCCAGAGAAGAACUCCAGGAAGUUGAGGGGAGAGACUGUGCAGGUGGACACCACUAACAUCCUGUUCGUAGCGUCAGGGGCCUUCAACGGACUCGACAGAAUCGUCAGCAGACGGAAGAAUGAAAAGUACCUGGGCUUUGGCACGCCCUCCAACAUGGGUAAGGGUCGUCGUGCGGCGGCAGCAGCCGAUCUGGCUAACAGCAGUGAACAGACGGACAUGGUGGCAGAGAUGGAGGAGAAGGACCGGCUGCUGAAGCUCGUGGAGGCCCGGGACCUCAUUGAGUUUGGGAUGAUCCCGGAGUUUGUAGGGCGUCUGCCUGUGGUGGUGCCUCUACACAGUCUGGAUGAAGAGACGCUGGUCCGCAUCCUGACAGAACCACGUAACGCCGUCAUACCACAGUACCAGGCCCUGUUCAACAUGGACAAGUGUGAACUGAACGUAACCACAGAUGCUCUGACAGCCAUCGCCAGGCUGGCUCUGGAGAGAAAGACUGGAGCCCGUGGCCUGAGGUCCAUCAUGGAGAAGCUUCUUCUGGAGCCCAUGUUCGAGGUGCCAUGUUCAGACAUCGUGGCUGUGGAGUUAACCAAGGACGUCGUCCUGGGCAAAUCAGAACCACAAUACGUCAGAGCUCCAGCGAAGGAGGCAGCAGAGGAGGACUAUGACUCUGGUCUUGAAGAGGAGAACUGGCCCAGACAGGUGGACGCAGCAGCUAACAACUGAUCGGACCCCCCCCGCCCCCUCCCUCCCCCCAUCCAGUCACUCAUUUCAACAACUCUGUCUACAAUCAUUAGAACACCUUCUAGAAUAUUUGGAAGCCAACUGUAGGUUCCUGGAAUUCCAGCCCCUUGAGUCAUCUAAACAGACCUCCGUCAGGCUCUGUAGACCACUMCUAAAACCACACCAUAAAACCCUUUCUCUGAGGAAGUGUUUUCAUAAUGAACAACACGGAUUGGAGUACCUUUUUUUUGGUCCUGUGAAUUGGACAGUAGGCUAAUUCUUUAAGUUAGAAAAUUAAGAUGUACCUGCUAUAGUGUAUAUAUUUAAAAAAUAGUUKGGGUAGGUAGUGUAAUUUUUAUUCUUUAAAAACUGAUUUAAAUAGGUGAUUUUUGUGUUUUCUCUCCUCUUGUGUUGUGGUGAUGACAGAUUUGAAAUGACAAUGGAAACAAAUAUAACAUGACUGGGAUCAUAUUGUACACUUGAAGACUUAACCAGGGCUAGGAAUG